AUGUUUUGCUAUGCAGCAGCAGCAAUUGCAGCAGUCUUCUGCAUAAUCUAUUUCUUCCAUCGGAGACUAUGUUGCAGAUACCCUCUCUUCACCGACUACCCCAUCAUCGGAAUGCUACCGGCGUUACUCUGCAAUCUGUGGCGCAUCCAUGAUUUUUCUGUUGAGGUGCUCAAAUCACAUGGGGGAACUGGUGAGUUCACUGGGCCAUGGUUUACAAACAUGAACUAUUUGAUCACCAGUGACCCCAUCAACGUGCACCAUAUUUUGAGCAAGAAUUUCAGCAACUACGUCAAGGGACCUGAGUUUCGUGAGAUCUUUCAGGCUUUCGGAGAUGGGAUAUUCACUGCUGAUGCAGAAACAUGGAAGUACAACAGGGAUCUCUUCCAGUCCCUCUUUAAAAACAGAAGCUUCGAGGUGUUUCUGGAGAAAACCAUUCGGAAGAAGGUGCAGAAUAGUCUACUUGUCGUGUUGGAUCAUGUGCAACAACAAGGGAGGGUGGUGGAUCUUCAAGAUGUCUUCAAUCGCUUCACCUUCGACAACAUAUGUUCCACAGUUCUUGGAUACGACCCUAAUUGCCUCUCCCUUGAUUUUCCAGAAGUUGCAAUCGAGAAGGCUUUUAAUGAAAUAGAGGAGUCCAUUUUCUACAGACAUGUAAUGCCAAAGCGUCUUUGGAAGCUGCAAAGAUGGCUUCAAAUUGGUCGAGAGAAGACGAUGACAGAAGCAUGCAAAUCGUUUGAUGAGUUCAUACAUGCACUCAUAGCGUCUAAGUUUGAAAAACUAAGCAAGUACAACGAAAAUAAAACAGGAGAAGCCUGUGCUGAUUUGCUGACAACUGUGAUGAGAGAGGGGAAGGAACAACACGAUGCUGGCUUUCUAAGGGAUGCUGUGUUCAAUCUUUUUGUAGCUGGGAGAGAUACCUUAACUUCAGCUCUCACAUGGUUCUUUUGGCUUGUUGCUACAAACCCUUUGGUGGAAGCGAAGAUUCUUGAAGAGAUGAAUGAAAAGAUUGGAAGAAAUGAAAAUACAGCAUCGAUUUUAACUAUAGAGGAAGUGAAAAAACUAGUUUAUCUGCAUGGUGCUAUAUGUGAAACAUUGAGACUCUUUCCUUCUAUACCUUUCGAACGCAAACAAGCCCUUGAAGCUGACGUGCUUCCUAGUGGUCAUGGUGUUAAUCCCAGAACAAUGAUAUUAUUUUCACUGUAUGCAAUGGGAAGAUUUGAGGAAAUAUGGGGAGAAGAUUGCAUGGAGUUGAAGCCAGAGAGAUGGAUUUCACAGAAAGGAGGUAUUGUUUAUGUACCAUCUUACAAAUUCGUUGCUUUUAAUGCAGGACCUAGGACAUGCUUAGGUAAAGAGUUGUCCUUUCUUCAAAUGAAGAUUGUUGCAGCUGCUAUUUUGCGCAAUUAUCAUGUCCAAGUGGUGGAAGGUUCUGUUGUUACGCCAAAUCUUUCUGUUGUUCUUCUCAUGAAGAAUGGUUUAAAGGUUAAGAUAACGAAAAGAGAAACUUAA